UAAGGAUUUUAAACAGUUUCAUGUAUCUUACACAAAGAAAAUGGCCUUAUUUAUUGUAUAAAUUAAUUUAUAUUAUAUAUUAUUAGUCGUCUCGUUUCUGUAAGUAAAUAUUAGUUUAAUAUACAGUAAAGUUAGAUACAAAAAUUCAGAGCUGUUUACAAAAGUCUGCUUCCUGUUAUAUAGUAAAAGCACACACAAACAAAGCACUUCUUGUUUUGAACAUCUGGUAAGACGAGUUUAACAGAUGUGAGGUCAGCAGUUGGACUCCUAACAGUCGACACCCCCCACUAGUUUUUAAAAAUACAAAAGUUUAAAUCGACAUUCCACGAUCAAAACAAGUUAUAACUUUUUUUUUAAAAAAAGGCAAAAUAAAAUUGAUAUUUAUUGUUUUUUUUUUUCACGUGUGUAUUCGAUAUUUCAAGCCUGGUCAAGGACAGAGACUUUUAAAGUUUGUACACUUGGAAACGUCUUGUAUAAAUUUAAGUGGCGAUUGUAAAUUAGUUUUGUGAGUGGCCUGGUGCCUCUUUGUCCAAACAUAACUAAAAUUAAUUCAUAAGUUACUAUUUUUAAGCAUUGGCAAAUGUUAGAAAUGAGUAAUCAAUUUAGUGUCAAGUGCUUUGUUGAAAAGUAAGUAAAUUAGUUUCAGAUGUGGUGCUGGUAAACUUGCCAGCCAAGUAUUAAGCAUUAUGUUAGAAGGUAUAUAAAUAUGCAGUAGUCUUGCUUGGACGUAUGUAAAUUAUGUUUCGAUAUUAUGUUACCAAGUGUUGAAUUUAAAAGCAAGUAUUGUUAGAAAGGUGUACAAGUUAGAAUGAGGAGUAAUGAAAAGUGGUCCAGAUUUCGGAAUUCAUCAUCGAAACACUCUGGAAAGAUAUGUAAGAAGUGGGACAACUAGCUCUCAGAUGAUCAAACAUACCAAGUCCAUAGGGGAAAAAAGUAAAGUGUGGUGUUGAAAGAAAAAGCGUAGGUUCGGCGAGUGAGAAAGACAUACUCAUCCAUCCAUUUAUCCUCGAAGGUAUUGGUCCCUCAGCACCUUGUAUGUCGAUAUUCGAAGUCGGUAGUGAGAUGGCAUCGAUCAAUUGGAUUAUGUCUUUAGGAGCACUGUUGGUAUUACUGAUAUCGCCUGCAGAUACAAGCCAUUCCCAAUGUCCAAGUGUUUGUUUGUGUAAGUGGAAAAGUGGAAAACAGACUGUAGAAUGUAUAGAUAAAUCACUGACGAAUAUACCAUCAGGGAUACAAAAUGGCGUACAAGUACUGGAUUUAAGAAGGAAUAAUCUUGGUGGAUUACCUACUAGGGUAUUCCUUGAAAACGGACUUACUAACUUACAAAAAAUUUACAUGUCUAGAUGUAAUAUAAGAGAAAUUGCUGAUGACGCUUUUCAUCAAGUGACAAAUUUGGUCGAAUUGGAUUUGACUGCUAAUUUACUCAAUGAAAUACCAGCUCAAAUUUUUAAAGACUUUCCAUUACUCCGUCGUCUACAAUUGGGUCAUAAUCCCAUUCAAAGGAUAAAUAAUGGUACUUUUGUUCAACUACCUCAUUUAACAUUUCUCGAGUUCAGUAAUUGUGAGAUUCAUACAAUCGAACCGGAAGCAUUUAAAGACUUAAAAAAUUUAGAAUUUCUCAUGUUAGAUAACAACAAGAUUAAAACGUUAUCGGUGCAUGUCGUGAAACCUCUCAAUAAAUUAUACGGUUUGGCUUUACAGAAUAAUCCAUGGUACUGCGAUUGUAAUCUUCGUGGUGUUAGAGAAUGGAUGAUGGAAAAUAAUAUUCCAAUUAAUUUACCACCAAAAUGUGAUCUUCCAGCUCGAAUUCAUGGUGAAAUAUGGAAUAAUCUUGAACUGGAUGAUUUUAGUUGCCCUCCGAUCAUCCAUUGUGAAGAAGACGUCCAAGUUCAAAGAUAUCAAAAUGGCACAUUAGAAUGCCAAGUAGAAUCGAAUCCAGAAGCCGUAAUAUCAUGGACAAUGAAUGGUGUAGAUAUUAAUAAUGGUUCUGUCAUCUUUGCAUGGGAAGAGAAAUAUUUUUUGGAAGAAGAAGAAAUGGAGGAUGAAGAUACCAAAAACAGUAGAUUAAUUGUUAUCAGAGUUUCCGAAGAGGAUUCGGGUGUUUACACGUGUGCAGCAACAAAUUCUGCUGGCACAACAGUAGCAAACAUCACUUUAUCCGUUGUCUUGCCACCGGUUCCAUUGAUUGGUUGGAGUAACGCACAGAUUGCAGGAUUCGUGGUAGGAAUUUUGCUUUUCGUUAUUUUAAUUGUAGUAUUAGUUUGCAUAGUGAUGAUAAGAAGAAAAGUAUUACGAACGUCGGACAGUAAAUUAGGUGGAGUAGGAUUUUUAAAACACUUAGCUUACGUCAAACAGAAUUCUGUAGAAGUUAAAAACGACAAAGAGAUAACAGCUAACGAUAAACAUUUAAGACGCGAAACUGGUAGUAGCGGUUACGGUUCCGAUCAACAAACACCGGAUCUGGUUAGUAGAGCUAUGGAAAUUGAUGGCCCAUCCCCACAAAAGCCCAGUAACCAUGUUGAUUCUGAAGAAACGUGGAAUAUGAAUAAGCUAAGGUCAAACGAAUUAGAAUGGUUGAAUAACAGGGUUGGUCGUUAUGUACCGUCUUCGACACACUACGUUCCACACUACAUGAGUGAGGCCGAGUAUAUAGAAAGAACACACGCUGAGCCUAGUGAUACGGGAUCGUUUCGAGACGAAAGUUACCACAGUUAUACUAGUCCUGUCCAUAACAAUUGGAAAAGAAGCCCGUUGGUUCUACCAAACAAUGCAUAUCUUUCUCUAUCCCACGAUAUGCAUUGUUGUUCACCGGAUGAAGGAUACGACGAAGGUGCUCUAGAAGGAACAGAAGUUUGAUUUCGCACAUUCUUUUCUAUGUACGAGGUACUGUCGAGUGUUCAUUUCGAUGUCAUUUUUUUAAGUUUUAAUUUUUAAAAAAUCAGGUUGCUGAGUCACAAGAGAGAAAGUGAAUUAUGCCUUAAUUCAAAAAAAAAGAUACUGAAUUACUCAAAAAAAACACAUACACACACACACACACAAAAAAUUGUUUACUCCA